CUCUCUUUUCUGUCCUGUUCUCCCUUUUUUUUUUGUUUUUCUUCUCUCGUGUUUUGUUAUGUUUGAUUGUUUUCUUCUCGACUUUACGCUUGAUGUUGUAUGAUCUAGACUAUGUAAUAGCAAAAAUGAUUGGGUGGGAUUAUGAAAAUACUUAAAGAAAUUUAAGCGUUUUUUUUUUAAGUAUUGUCGUAAUCCCACCAAAUUAUAUUUACUGUUAUGUAAUCGGGAUGGGCCAUCAAUACAUACUAACGCAAAACAAUUAAACAAAGCCAUGUGGAAUCGCCGCCGACAGUUCUUUCCCGUCGAAAUAUUUCUUAGCAACGACGUCGUUGGAAAUAUUUCUUAGCAAGCCCAUUAAUAAUGAAUCAGGCCUGUUAAUAGCCCAUACAGUUUUAUAUGUUCUCAAAAAGAAAAAAACACAUUAAACCCUACAACCGCCGUAGCGAUCGAAUCCCAACCUUUGCUCACUCAGUGUACGCCACUCUCGUCACGUCUGCUCCUAUUCCGACGCCUUUCUCCGAUCAAAUCCAUGUUCAGUAACGAAUUCGCCGAGGCUAAGGCAGUGGUCUUCUGGGACGUCGAUGACUACAAGAUCCCUGAUGGUCUAGAUGCUGGCGAGGUUUCGAAGAACAUCAAAGCAGCAGCACUUGCGGAUAAUGUGUUUGUCUCCGCUGGAAUCAAGCUCAAACGCGUAUCAGAAGGAUCGAAAGGAAAGGAUAGUUCGAGAGAUCUAGCUAUUCACUCUCGCAUGUGGUUGUGGACUAUUGACAAUGUUGAUGAAUCAUCAACGAUAAUGGUGAUCUCAGAUAACCUCUUUGACGGCACUGUGGAGAAGUUUAAAGAGAUGAAUCACAAUGUUGUUUGGAGAAGCCUAUCAGCUGAGGGGAAACCUAUCGCCCACACCAGAGGAGGAAGAAGAAGCUCAGAACGUGAUGACCAUGUUUGUUCUGGAUGCGUCAAUCCAACUUUUUUAGUUGAUCCUUUUGUGAAAAGUCUCUAGCUGUGUCCUGUGUGUGUGUUUGUAUGGAAACAUUGACACGCUUUAUCUUUAAUCUCAAACCUAGAUUUCCAAAUGCA